AUGUACAAGAUGUCGGAGGACGCCAGGUUCAGCAUGAGACACAGGGUAAAGUUGGGGUGUCGGGACGAGCUGCGCAGAAUGACCACCAGAUCCGCUGUGUUACCAGGGAGGCCCAGUGUACAUCACAGCCCCAGGACGAUGUUCGAAAUCAAGCGACCUAAAUCCGGGGAGGUGGUGUCCAUGCUGGAGGUGUUGGAGGAGUUCAGGUGCUCCAUGUCUACUGGAGUUCCAGAGUGUACCAGUAGGGGGCAUCAGUUCCAUGUCUCUGUUAUCAUUCCCCUCUGUGUCUGUCUGGAGGUUUUUGUACAGCCAGUCAAUCAGACUCUAUCACUGUGGUGGACUUUCGGUGGAGGGACCAAACUGAGUGUUGGCAGUGAUGUUCGUCCCACCUUGACAGUCCUGCCCCCCUCCAGUGUGGAGCUGCAGCAGGGCAAGGCCACUCUCAUGUGCCUGGCCAACAAGGGAUUCCCCUCAGACUGGAAGCUGAGCUGGAAGGUGGACGGUAGCAGCAGUAACACCUGGAAGGUGACCGGGAGCCCCGGGGUCCUGGAGAAGGACGGCCACUACAGCUGGAGCAGCACCCUGGCCCUCCCUGUCGACCAGUGGAAGAAGGUGGGCUCUGUGAUCUGUGAGGCCACCCAGGGCUCCCAGUCUCCUCUCUCUGAGACACUGAGGAGAGACCAGUGUUCUGAUUAAUGAGCUCCCCCCUCUGACUCCACUGUUUUUACUCUGCACCUCUCCUUCUUACUGUUCCAGCAAUACCAGCACACUGGUCUAAUGCUGGGCUGGAUCCUGUGUGGGAAUCCUUCCUCCAGCUGGAGCAUUUAGCAUAAUGGAACAAACAACAGAAUAAUUGUCUGAUUCUGAUGUCAAAUAGAUCUGCUUGGCUUUCAUAUCACAUGUGUUCUGAACCUUAUUACUGUAAUGCUGUUGGUUCUGACAUGUUGAGAUAAUAAAGACAUUCAAUAUUUUAAA